AUGAAUGCCCUCGACGAUCUCAAGCAUAACAUCACGGAGGAGAAGAUUGAGCACGAAAAGACACAGCCAUCCAAUGGUGCCAUCUCACGGGGUCCUUCACCGAACCGUGGAGCAUCAGUUCCAGACUCGGAGAAGAAGGCCAUCCCAGACCAAGCAUCGAAACGUGAGUGGCAGAAGAAGCGGGGUAUCGAUCCCUCAAAGCAGGUCCGCAUUGUGAAGCUCAGUCACAUGCGGUAUCAGCACCCUGAUCUUAACAAGAUCACUACUUUCUUGAGAGAUUUCGGCAUGCACGUCACCAAAAAGGGUGAGAACGAGCGAUGGUACCGCGGCUACGGCCCCGACCAAUAUGUCUACUAUGCCAAACAGGGCCCAAAGAAGUUCCUCGGUGGAGUUUUCGAAGUCGAAUCGAAAGAGGACCUCGAGAAAGUGAUGAAGCUUCCAGACUCCAAAGUACUGAGCAACGGCAUUGAAGAAAUGACCGACGCUCCAGGCGGUGGCUAUAUCGUGUCAAUUGAAGAUCCUCAAGGCUUCCCCGUCAAUUUCAUCACAGGCCAGGCACCGGUCAAGGAACAGAGAAAGGUCCCAGAACCAUUGGUGGUGAAUUUUGAGGUGGAUAAACCCAGAGCGAAGAAGUUCCAGCGCUUUGAGCCUGGUCCGGCAGAGGUUCAUAAGCUCGGCCACUUUGGUCUCAACGUCGCCGACUUCCCUGCCGCGAUGGAGUGGUACACACGCCACUUCAACAUCGUACCCAGCGACAUCCUCUACGUACCACUGGACAAAAUCGACCCUGAAACCAACGCCCCAGUUCGCAAAGAAGUUGCGCUCUUCGCACACAUCGACCGUGGUCAAGACCUCGUCGACCACCACACCAUGUUCCUGACGACACUCACACCAGGCAUCGAGAAACACGUGCACCACUGCUCGUUUGAAGUGCACGACUUCGACACCCAAGCGCUGGGCCACCAAUGGCUCGCGGAGAAGAAAUACGAGUCCGUCUGGGGCGUCGGCCGCCAUAUCCUCGGCAGCCAGAUCUUCGACUACUGGUGGGAUAUUAACGGGUUCAUGGUCGAGCAUUACGCCGACGGUGACCUCGUCAAUGAGGACACCCCCAUGGGUUACGGCCCCGCUGGCCACGAGGGCCUCGCUGUCUGGGGUCCCGAUGUGCCCAAGGAGUUCUUGGAGUAA